AUGGAAGGAGAAGACGUACACGGGCUUGUAAUAGAUAAUGGCUCUGGAAUUUGUAAAGCAGGAUUUGCUGGAGAUGAUAUGCCAAGAUCGAUUUUUCCUUCAGUUGUAGGGAGAACAAGGAUGCCUGGGAUGCAGAUUGGGAUUGAUCAAAAGGAUUCUUAUGCAGGUGAAGAAGCAAGGCAAAAAUGCGACAUUUUAAGCUUGAAAUCGCCGAUAAAAAGAGGAAUCAUUACAGAUUGGGAUGACAUGGAAAAGAUUUGGCAUCAUACAUUUUAUAACGAACUUAGGGUUGCGCCUGAUCUCCAUCCUUUAUUGAUGACUGAGAUUGCGCUAAAUCCUCAAAAUGUGAGAGAAAAAAUAACACAAAUAAUUUUUGAGGUUUUUAGCAUUCCUGCAUUUUAUUUAGCGUCUCAGCCUGCAUUAUCGUUAUAUUCAAGUGGGAAAAUAACUGGCUUGGUCGUGGAUUCUGGAGAUAGUAUAACAAGUGCAGUUCCAAUAUAUGAAGGAUACGUUUUGCCAUAUGCAAUUAAAACUGUAAAUUUCGGAGGUAAAGAUUUGACUGAGUUUUUUAUAAACUUGCUUAGAAAAAAAGGCUAUAACCUGAACACUUCAGCAGAAAAAGAAUUUGCAAGAGAUAUCAAAGAGAGAAUCUGCUAUGCUUCUGCAAAUUAUAGUGAAGAACUGAAAGUAUUUGAAUCGACCCCAGGAAUUAGCUAUAAAAUGCCAGAUGGGUCUUCUCUUUCAAUAAGCAGCGAACGUAUAACUUGUCCAGAAUCAGUAUUCAACCCAUCUUUGAUGAAUAUAGAUAAAAACGGAAUCCAUUUAAUUGCACAUAAAGCAAUUCUAAAAAGCGAUGAAGAGAUCAGAGAUGAAAUGUAUCAAAAUAUUAUGAUAUGUGGGGGGAAUACACUUUUUAGUGGACUUCCAAAUAGAUUUACUCAAGAAAUUUCAAAUCUUUUAGGAAAUCCUGAGAAAAUUAAGGUUUUUGCUCCUCCGGAAAGAUUAACAUCUGCAUGAAUUGGAGGAUCUAUAUUGGCCUCAUUGUCUACAUUUAAUUUGAUGUGGAUUACAAAAUCUGAAUAUGAAGAGUCAGGGUCCCAAAUUAUUCAUAAAAAAUGUUAUUAA